AUGGGUAAGCGCAAGAAGUCCAGUUCCAAACCGCAAGGGCCCAAGAAGAGAGAGCCCCUACCCACAACAUUCUCCUGCCUCUUCUGCAACCAUGAGAACUCUGUCGUCGUCAAAUUAGACAAGAAGCUUGGCCUGGGUGAUCUAUCCUGCAAAGUCUGUGGUCAAAAGUUCCAGACAGGCAUCAACUAUCUUUCUGCUCCCGUGGAUGUGUAUUCCGACUGGGUCGAUGCCUGUGAUGCCGUUGCGAAGGAUACUGCCAACCAAUAUGAUCCAGCCCCGAGCCAAGCUGGUCUUCGAGGGAGCAGCAAACCGGAUGCCCCAGAUGACUACGAUGAUGAAUACUGA